AUGUUCGAAGAUAGUGGAUAUGUUGGUCCACUUCAGACCAAAGCUUGCGUCAUGACAGAAGUUCGGUCCAAUAUACAUUGUGCUGAUGACGAACCUUGGACUUUGAGGGGUGAUGGUACAUAUGUGGACCCAAAACAUUUAAAGAUCAGUGACAAGUCGUAUGCAGAGAUUACUAAGUUCUAUGCACCCACCAAACCACAGCAACCAGAAUGUCCCAACUUGAACGUCGAUGUUGAUCUGUCGAACCCAGCCGCGCGUCUCGAAUUCACCCAAUCACUCGCUUUAACACAAGCUCAUGGACACAACAAAGCGAUCACCUUCGUAGCCAAAUGUUUAUCACCUAUAUCUCAAGCUACGGAUCAAAGUCUCGCAACUAUAGAAAUUGUUGACGAGGAUGAAGAUGAGGAAAUUGGCAAUACAGCUGCUAACGAAGGUGCAAGGGCAGAUAGUGCUGUGACGGGGGUUGCAGGGAUGGAGGGUGGGUUAGCAACUGCCAUAGUUGCUAGUGACAGCAUCCACCUGCCACUGGAAAACGAGUUGUUGUCGAAACCGUUGCAGACUAAGAAGCCGACGUCGCUAAUAUCAUCAAUACGGCAACAACAACAGCGGUACCAAGUAGCGAUACUCCAGAAGACGAAGAGGUAG